GUUAAAUUUCACAUUCCUGCUAAAACUGAAAGUAUUCAAUCGUCCCGGUGUUCCCGUCGAUUAGGGUAUCUCGCCUCCGUCACCGUUUCGGUAACCGGCGGGUGACGUCACCGUAGUUAGCCGGAGGAUAAACUGUGUUUUAAAUUGGGGUCUCAACGCGUGCAGUUAUAAUUGGAUUUCAAAUUCAGUUGAUAACUAGUUCUUGAGAUUGAUUCUUCUACCAGGUGGAUUCUCCUGCCACUUUGUUUAAUUCGUACGGCGGAGAUCUCAAGAUUCCUUCGGAAUAGGACCUGAAGCUGAUGAGAAUCAGUGUCAUGUCGCAGAUACAGAGAGGCUUAUCGAUCGAAUUGCCUUCACUGGUUCCCCUGCAACUUCCAUCUCGGAUGGAGACUCAUGUAUGGUAUAUUCUACCAGAUGAAGUGAAAAGCACAUCUCUACUAAAACACUACUCUCAGCUUUUGUCACCGCUCGAGAAUGAGAAAGUGCUUCAGAUGCGAGGCGAUGAGCUCAAGAAGAAUGCUUUGCUUGCCCGCACAUUGGUUCGAACCACCAUCGCCAGAUAUCAGACAAACAAUGCGGUCGAUCCUGGAUCCUUGAUGUUCAAGAAGAAUAUGUAUGGGAAGCCUGAGGUAGAUUGGCAGAACUGUAAUAACCCGCCAUUGCAUUUCAACAUCUCCCACACAGAUUCAUUGAUUGCCUGUGGUGUGACAGCACAUGUUCCGGUUGGUAUUGAUGUUGAAGACAAGGAAAGGAAGAUCAAACAUGAUGUCUUAGCAUUCGCAAAAAGAUUUUACUCUAUUGAUGAAGUGGACUAUUUGUCAGCUCUCCCGGAUCCUGAAGUUCAGCGAACGGAAUUUAUCAAGUUAUGGACUCUUAAGGAGGCAUAUGUAAAAGCAUUAGGAAAAGGCUUCUCUGCUGCACCUUUUAAUACCUUCACGAUUCAGGUUAAGGCUGGAACAAGAGGAGGCUACAAUCUUUGCGAGACAUCUGAAACGACAGCCACUCCACUGGGGAAGACAAGGAAAUGCGAUGGAGGAUGGAAGUUUGCCCUUUUAGAGUUGGCUGGUUCUCAUUAUGCUGCAGUCUGUACUGAAGAUGAUCAAGCUAGCGAAGGGUCUCCUAUGAGGGUGAUUGUCCGAAAAACCAUCCCGUUUGUUGAAGAUGAACUUAUUACCGAACCCAAACUUCUGUAGGCAUUUUGUUUUGAGUACAUCCUUCUGUAGUACAUUUCCGCGAAAGCGAAGACCAGUGAGACUCUUGGAAUCCCAAUCACCAGUAAUCCUUGCACGAGCAGAACCCGUCUUUGAAAUAGUGGAAUCGAGAUGCAUCUCUUACAACAAACCGGCGAUCUACAAUCUUGCUAACCAUCUUGAUAAACACAUGACAGUCUUCACAAACCCUCAGGUUCUUUAUCACAAGAAUCUCUGUCCCUGGUGAAGUGUUGAGAAUCCCAAAUGCUAUUGCUAACCUCUCGCUAUGCUCGCGCCCACUGCUCGAAACCUCUCCGCCUUCAUCACAGUCCGUGUUCCCCGCAAUCUCCACCACAGAAGUAUCCAACUCAUCCAGCAUUCUGUAGACUUCCUCUGUUUGCUCAUGACUUCUGUCGCCAGCCAAAAACAGGUGAGCUCUUCCCUUGUGUUCCACAUAACUAUACCCAGGCUCUUUCUUGAACCCUCUCUCUCUCAUCAUCAUCCUGACUCUCCAGAUUCCUUCUUGAUUCUUCGACCCUGAGUAUAUAUUUGACAUCACCACAUAGUAGCCAACGUUCAUGGGUUCAAACUCGAUCACCUUCGCGAAAGCUAACUCCGCCAUAUCCACAUUCUUGUAAAUUUUACACGCACCCAACAGAGCGCCCCAAACAGCACCAUCGGGUUCAACAGGCAUUGAUUCUAUAAACUCCACGGCUUCAUCUAAUCGACCAGCUCUUCCCAGUAGAUCAACUACGCAAGAGUAGUGCUCAAGGCCAGGCUCCACGUUAUACUCUCUCUUCAUCGCAUCAAAUAACUCCAAACCUUUAUCCGUUAGCCCUGAAUGGCUACACGCAUAUAAAACCAUCACAAAGACUGCCCCGUCGGGUCUUGUUCCGCUUUUUAUCAUAUCAUCGAAAAGCUUUAGCCCCGUCUCUGCCAUUCCAUGCAUCCCAUAGCAACCUAUCAUAGCGGUCCACGACACUUUGGUUUUCACAGGUAUGCUGUCGAAAACAGCACGCGCCUUUGCCAAGUUACCGCAUCUAGCAUACAUACUGAUCAACGCGUUGCUUACAAACACAUUUGAUAAAAAGCCAUUGGCUUCAACUAGCUUCUCUACUUCCUGACCAAUCUUCUGAGCUCCAAGAUUCGCACAUGACGACAGAACACUGACCAAUGUAACAGGAUCAGCAGAAACACCCGAAGAUUUCAUCUUCUCGUAGAGUUCCAGAACUUCGUGAGCUAAUCCGUUCUGUGCAUAUCCAGAAAUCACAGCGUUCCAGCUAAUCAAACCUUUCACAGGCAUUACAUCGAACAAUCUCCUAGCUAAUUCUACCGACCCGCAUUUCAUGUACAUGGUGAUGAAACUAUUCAGAACAGCUAACUCAGAAUCUGUUCCUCCUUUAACGCAUUGACCGUGAAGAGACAUCCCGAGCCCGAGGUAAUCAGGUCCCGUGCAAGCCGGGACAAGCCCGAGCAUUGUAACUGAAUCAGCCGUCACACCAGAUUCCUUCAUUGUACGAAACAUACACGCAGCAUCAUCUACUUUCGAGUUUGCUGUGUACCCAGAUAUCAAUGCGUUGUAACAAACACCGAGAUGACGUGACUGAGGAUUUUCGUCGAACACUUUGCGAGCAUCCUUGAUCAAACCGCAUUUACAGUACAUUGAGAUCAGAGCAGUCAACACGAAGGGCUCAGCCUCGCAGCCUACUCUGAUUAUUUGGCAAUGGAGCUGUUGGCCGGAGACAGGGAGCGAAAGGGCGGCGCAUGACUUGAGAGUGAAAGGGUAAGAGAACGCGUCGGGAGAGGUGCCUGAACGGAGCAUUUCCCGGUAGAGAGAGAUAGAGUCGGAGAACAUGGAUUGAUAAGCGAGCUCUCUCAGACGCACGUUCCAUGGCGUCGAAGCCACCGCAGCGACGACGGCGGAGUUACGUACGAGGCUUCGGGUUGCAGCGACGGUCAUUGGUUCACCGCCGGUUAUGACUUGUUUGGAUCAAUGUUUAGUAAUAUAAACUAUAUGAGAGUAAGGCCUAAGUAUAUGGGCCUGGUCCUGGGCCUGGGCCAAAUUAUUUAUUGUGC